AUGGCAGAGUUUAUUAAUUUACGGACAGAAAAACAUUACAAAGUACGAAGAGGAGCUGAUAACCGAGAUUUUAAAUCACUUUACCGGUUUGAGGAAGAAAAUUUGCAUUACAUUGCAACACACUUUAUGGGCGACAACAACGAAAGAAGAGGAGGUGCUCUUUCGUCGGACCUUAAAAUUAAGAUAUUUUUACGGUAUAUGGCCAAUCCUGGUUUCCAAACUGGUGUUGCUGAAGAAUUGGGAAUUCAUCAGUCGACAGUAUCAAAAACAAUUACGUUCGUGAUUAACAAAAUACUCGAAAAAGCUCCUUUAUGGAUCAAAUUUCCGUCAACGUUGAACCAAGUAAACGAAGCACAGGAGAGGUGGCAGGAGACAUUUCAAUUUCCAUGUGCGAUAGGCGUAAUUGAUUGCACACACGUUCAAAUAUUGAAACCUAUCCAUCACGGUGAUGAAUACAUCAACAGAAAGGGGUUGGCGACUUUAAAUGUGCAAGCAACGUGCAACUCCAAAGAAAUCUUUACUAGUGUUGAUGCAAGUUGGCCGGGUUCUGUGCAUGACGCUAGAAUUUGGAGAAAUUCUGAAACACGUUUGAUUAUGCAACAAUUCCCUGGUGCAAUAUUAUUAGGAGAUGACGGUUAUGGUUUGGAACCGUGGCUAAUGACACCAUUUCGGAACCCAAAUAACGAAUCUGAAAGAACUUACAACAGAUUGUUUAAGAAAGAAAGGAGUUCGGAUGGUUUGGGAACCGUUCCGGUGUGGUUCCAAAAGUUGGAGGGCAAUAAAUUGAAUGCUUAA